CAGCAAGUCACUCUCUGAAGCGCUCACAGACGCACAACAAUUCCAGGAGGAGCCGACACGCACAUUCCGGACAUUAAUGGACAAAUAUAUAUCUAUAUAUUUUUUUUAAUAAUUGUAAUUAUAAUUUCUGCAAAAAAAAUUUGCGAAGCUUCUGCUCAACAAGUAGAGUAGCUAUUUUCGAGCUGGCACUUUGCACUGCACUUCAUUUUGCCUCUGGAGUUGACUUUUUUUUUGUAUUACUCUAAUUCACCUUGCAGCCAUAUUUUGGGACAGGACGCAUAAAAGAUGCCGCAAUGGUCAGGUAAAUGAGAAAUAAGAGGCUUUGCUCAAAGUCAGUAAGGAGUGGAAUUUUUUUUGCGCAGGAAACGGCAUCCACAGUGAUAAAAUGAAUCUGUUUCGCGUGAUUUCAAAAUAGAAAAAAAAAAAAUCAGUGCUGAUCUUUACAUUUUCUUCCUAGACAUCGUGCGUGUAGGACAAGACGGAAAUUAGUUGAGCGUAUAUAUAUUUUUUUUAAUGAUUAGUCAAAGUCAAAGUGCCAGAGGCUAUAGACAUUUUGAAAAACAUGAAUGAGAAAGAGGCAAAGCUUCGCUGCUGAAGGUCCGCGCAAAGUGCGAGUGCGGAGAGCCACACUGCAGCUGCGCCAACAAAAGAUUUCGGCUAAUUUAGCUGAAGAUCCCCCCCCCCAAAAAAGCGUUCAAAAACUAAAUAUAUAUAUAUAUAUAUAUAUACAGAAAAACCUCAAUACGAAAUAAAAAGUCCACGCGAGAGACAUUGAAUGUGACGUCCUCUUUCUCUUAGCCUGAUCCCGUUGGAAUGCACUGAUCGUUUAUAUUGUUGAUUACUCUCCUCAUGUGUGAUUGUAAGUUCCACAGCGGGCAACUUGGACAGCAGAUUCUUUAAUGCAUGGGUAAAGGUGCGCGAACAGAUCUAAUAAUCACAGUCUGCUGUGAGACAUUUUGCUGCUGACUUGGAGACAAGAGCAGAUUUUUUUUUGUUUAAGAGCUACAUUUCCCCCCCCCCCCCCUUUCUUUUUUAUUCUAAAGCAUAAAUUAAUAAAUAAUUUAGAACCUGCAGAGUAGGGUUCCUUCUAUAACCUGAGAAAAAUGUUGUUGAUCAGACUACUGGCUGUCUUCCUCGCCCUCAUCACAAACACGUGGCUGCUCAACCCGGUUCGCUCCGACGCACUCGACCGGCACAAACGCGCCAUGGCCCGCCGGGCGGACCGUGAGCUCUCCAGGCUGGCAGGUGAACCCUGCACCGUCGCCGGCGCCUGGAGGUCCCGGCGGCAGCCCAGACCCCUCUCCCCGUCCCAGCACCGCCCCCUGGCGGCGCGUGCGAGGACGCACGCGAGCUUGCGCGAGCUGUACGCUGUCAAGAGCGCUCCCGCGGUCUGCGCAGGAGGGUGCGGGGGUGACACCGGGGCGCACCGGGUCGAGGGGAAGGCAGGCUGGGGCGACGCGGAGGGUGUGACGGUCGGAGCGGGGGACGGAUAUGUCCCGUGGCCCGGACGGCUGCACGCGAGACCCUCCACAAGUGACGAGAGAGACCCAGGUUCUGUCGGUGCCGACGCCACACAACGGCCCGGGAUACCCGCGCGUAAAGACGCCGGGCAGAGUGCCUCCUCCCGGGGCCACGCGCAGUCGCCGCGCGGCUCCGGCUCCAGACUCGCUCGCAGCCUCGACGGGACGUUGCCAUUCGAGGAGGAGGGCAAUUCCAGUUGGGAGAAAGUUUUCGCGGACAGCUCAACGGAUUCCAGGGGACCGCAGGUAGGCCUACUCCACAGACUGCAGCGGGGGGAUGGAGGGCAGCGCUCCUCGUCGGGGACCGUGGAGGACUACUCCGGGGAGGUGGAGGAGGCGGACCCGCCGGCGGGCUCCCCUCCGUGGGGCAGCCCGGUGCCCAGGGUGCCCCCUUCGUGGAUGACCGCCCUGUACUUCAGCGGGCGCCGGGAGCAGCUGAAGGUGAAGCCGGCGGCGAGGCUGGAGCUGCCGCGGGCCAAGUUCAGCCUGGAGCUCUGGGUGAAGCCUGAGGGAGGGCAGAGCAACCCUGCAGUCAUAGCAGGUGUGUUUGACAACUGUUCCCAUUCACUGAGUGAGAAGGGCUGGUCAGUAGGUAUACGCACCGUGGACCCUUCCGGCACCAGAGAUGCAAGGUUCUACUUCACGCUUCGGACAGACCGAGCUGUCAAAUCGACCACUGUCUAUAGCCACCAACGGUACCGGACCAGUGCCUGGACUCACCUAAUGGCCACUUACAAUGGCCACAACAUGACCCUGUAUGUCGAUGGAGCAAAGGUGGGAGAAAGCAACCUCCAGUCUGGGAAUCUAUACAGCCCCUUCAUGAGGACUUGCAGAACUCUCUUCCUUGGCAGUAACCAAUCAGAACAGGGACACAGCUUCAGGGGCCAUAUAGGGGGGGUGAUUUUGUGGGGCAACGCCCGCUCUCAUGAGGACCUGCUGAAGCAGCCACUUCAACCUGACAUGAGCGAACCGAUCCUGGCGAUGUGGGGUGACUUCACUAAUGUGGAACAGCUAUGGAGUCCACAUAAAGCUGGACUCCAUCCAACUGUUAUCACCACUCCAGUCCCUGAACAAGAACUUGUCUCCUCUUUCCUGCCGCCACCAUGUGGCUUGACAUCCUGCGACAACACCGACAUCAUUUUGGGCUACAACAACAACUGGCAGCUCCGUACUCCCAAGCGGGUUUGCUAUCGGAUCGUCAACCUCUCCAAUGACGAUGGCGGAAACCCCACAGUGACGCAAGCCCAGAUCCAGCUCCAACACCUGGCUCUGACCGAGGCCUUUCGCCCCUACAACAUCACCCUAGAUCUCAGUGUGCACAACGUCAGAAACUCCAGCCUCAAACAGAGGUUUAUCCUCAGCAACUGUAGAAUUGGAAAGAUCGGUAAUCGCCGAUGUGACCCUGAGUGCGACCACCCGAAAACGGGCCAUGAUGGAGGAGACUGCCUCCGGCUGGGGCCUUGCUACAACUGGAAGAGACAGGAUGGGGUUUGUAACAUGGAGUGCAACAGUAUACACUAUGACUAUGACGAUGGAGACUGCUGUGACCCGGAGGUCACCGAUGUCCUCAAGACCUGCUUCGAUCCCGAGUCGCCUGACAGGGCCUAUAUGAGUGUGAAGGAGCUGAAGGAGGAGCUACACCUGAGCGGCAGCGACACACUCAAUGUUUUCUUUGCCAGCAACUCAGUGCGUGAAGAACUGGCAGGAGCUGCGACCUGGCCAUGGGCAAAGGAGGCUUUAACCCAUCAAGGUGGGAUGGUGCUGAACCCGUCCUACUUCGGUACUAUGGGCCAUCACAACACCAUGAUCCAUGAGAUGGGACACAUCUUUGGCCUGUAUCAUGUCUUCAAGGGGGUUAGUGAACGGGACUCCUGUGAUGACCCCUGUCAGGAGACCACCCCGUCCAUGGAGACAGGAGAUCUAUGUGCUGACACUGCCCCAACACCCAAAUCCAAAUCCUGCAACGAUCCCGGGGCCAUCAACGAUACCUGUGGAGUCACCACGUACCAGGACACGCCUUACAGCAAUUAUAUGAGCUACACGGAUGACAACUGCACAAACCAUUUCACUCCAAACCAAGUGGCCAGGAUGCACUGUUAUCUUGACUUGGUCUACCAGAAGUGGCUGAUGGACCGUCAACCUGCCCCCAUCCCUCUGGCCCCCCUAGUGACUGACCAGUCCAAAGAUUCUGUCUCUGUCUAUUGGCUGCCACCUAUAAGGGGACCUCUUUAUCAAAGCUCCCCACUCCACACGUCUGUUAUCAACUGUGGAGACUGUGAGAAAGAUGGCAUUUUCCACCAGUACGCCUACGAGGCUACUUCACCUCGCAUCUGUGACACGUCAGGCUACUGGACACCUGAGGAGGCAGUUGGCCCACCUGAUGUGGAGCAGCCCUGCGAUCCCAGUCUCCAGGCCUGGAGUCCUGAGCUCAGCCUUUAUGACACUAAUGUGACAUCACCCUGCCCCGACACAGAGGGCUGCACCCUCAUGCUGCGAUUUCUCCACCCCGUUGUCCCGCAUGCACUCACCCUCUGGGUCACCUACAUCUCUUCCAACAACCCAGCCAUAGCCAACAUAGAGCUGAUAACAGAUAUGGGGAAAAGCAUUAACCUUGGACCGCAGCAUGUCUUCUGUGAUAUGCCCCUCACCUUGCGCAUUAACACCCACAACGCCGCCAUCGCCGCCAUAAAACUCUGCACCUUUGACGAGAAGAUGGAGAUCGAUGCAGCCAUGCUGUCUUCAGGCCCCGGCAGCCCUCUGUGCUCCAACUGCCGGCCCCUGCUGUACUGGAUUCAGCGGCAGCCGCCCUUCAACAGCCAAUCCCCAUCACCUCAGACUCAGCACACAUUCACUGACAGCUCUGUACGCCGGGGAGUGAAGUACCAGUACUCAAUCCAGGUGGAAGCAGAUGGUCUUCUGAGCGACCCCUCCCCACCUCUCCUCUACACCCAUGGGCAGUCCUACUGCGGGGAUGGCCUCAUACAGGGGACAGAAGAGUGUGAUGACAGUAAUCUGCUGGACGGUGAUGGCUGCUCCAAGAAAUGUCACAAGGAGAUGGACUUCAAAUGUAAUGGUGAACCGAGUCAGUGUUACGUGUUUGAUGGCGACGGUGUGUGUGAGGAGUUUGAGCGGGGCUCCAGUGUUCAGGACUGUGGUUACUUCACACCUCUGGGCUACACGGACCAAUGGGCGUCCACUGCCACUGCAUCUCAUCAGGACUCCAACCACUGUCCUGCCCGUGCUGCCACCGGGGAGCCAUCGCUCAACAAGCUCUGCAGGUACCAGCACCUGGAGAUGAGUGACAAACUGCCCUCCGACGCCUGGUUCCCCUGCACAGCCCAGUCCGACACAAAUAAUGACCUGGAACAUUCAUUUUGGCUGAAGGUGGGAUUUCUCCAUCCUGGAGUGGCAGCCUCUGUCAUGGUGUACUUGGGCUCAGACGGGUCACUGUCUGUGGAGCAGUGCCAGAGGACAGCCACCAUCCUGCUGUCAGAUACUACUGGCAAGAACCACUCACUGGGGACACACGACCUUUCAUGCCAUCGGAACCCGUUGGUGGUAAACGUGACGCACGACCUCUCUCGACCCUUCUUCCUCACGUCCUCCGUCAUCCUCCUCUUCUCCUCGCCCUCGGUGGCAGUGGGAGGUGUGGCUCUGAGGACCUCCUGUCACUUCAGCACCUUCGCCCUGACCGGCUGUUUGCGGCAGCCAUGUCAGAUGGACAGCUGCGGCCCUCCUCAGCUGGAGCACGCCUCUGUCAGGUGUACAGGAGGAGGGGAGGCCUCCCGCUGCGUGGUUCAGUGUCACCGUGGUUUCAGUAUCAGUGUCCUCAAUGGCAGGGGAGCCCCACCCCAUCAGAGAAAGACAGAGCUGGAGUGUUUUCACGGGUCAUGGGAUCGUGUCGUGAGCUGUCAGCCCGUAGACUGUGGCCUGCCUGACCAGUCUCAUGUCUAUCACGCCAUAUUCAGCUGCCCCUGGGGAACCGCCUUUGGCAAACAGUGUUCCUUCACCUGUGGAUCACCAGCCAUACUCCAAGGUGACAGUGAUCGGUUGGUGUGUUUGGAAGACGGACUGUGGUCUUUCCCAGAGGCCUACUGCAAGAUUGAGUGUCCUGAGGUCCCGAACAUAACCGAUGCCAAGCUGCUAACAGCAGACUGUCUGGCCUCGGGGCACGACGUCGGCUCUGUCUGCCGCUACAAAUGUAGCCCGGGCUUCUAUGUAACGGGGAGCCUCACAAAGAAGACACCAAGGAAGUACUUCAAGUUGGCGUGCCUGGAAGGGGGUCAUUGGGAGGAAACCGGCUGUGAGCCGAUCUCCUGCCCAGCCCUGCCUGACGUAUUCCAGGGCAUGUACACCUGCACCAACAGCCUGUACUACGACACCGUCUGCACCCUGCAGUGCUCGGAUGCUUCCGAAAAUAGCGAGAUUCGCUGCACCAAGGACGGUGAAUGGACAGCGGCGUUCGCCAUGUGCUCCCGGCUCCAGGGAUCCUGCUCUGCUCCUCCCAAUCUCAACUCUGUGGAGUACAGCUGCGACCAGGGGAUGGAUGUUGGUGCUGUUUGCUACCCAACAUGUAUUGUGGCUCUGGACAUGGAUCUGCGUGACCCAGUGGUUCUGCCCAAUGGCACGACAGCGGACUCUGUUAGGCACUGGAUGCUUCCCACUGGAGUCGAGAGCAUAGUCUGCACAGGGAUGAUGAAGUGGUACCCUGACCCUCAACACAUCCAUUGCAUCCAGUCAUGUGAGCCCUUUGGAGGGGAUGGUUGGUGCGACACCACCAACAACCGGGCCUACUGCCAGUACGACGGAGGAGACUGCUGCCCGUCCACACUCUCCACCAGAAAGGUCAUUCAGUUUGGGGCGGACUGCAAUCAGGAUGAGUGCACUUGCCGUGAUCCGCACGCCGAGGAGAAUAAGAGCAAAACCAAACACUUGGGAGGAGGAGGUGGAGCUCGAGGAGGAAUGCAGUGAGAUGGAGGGAUGAAAGAAGUUGAACUUGUGUUAAACACAGUCAAACCACAGACUGUGAACCACAACUAACAGAAAAAAAUAUUCAUUUCAUUUUAUCAUAAGCGAUAAAAAUUUAAAAAAGCAUCACAUUCGAUCACAUUGGUUUAAGAAUAGUGUGUUCGGUGCAGCCAAAUAAGAUCAUCAAGUGGAUUGAUUGUUUUCCUGUCCCGUUAAAGGGUUGUCCUCGCUGUGGGAUUUGUAUGAGAGCAGAAAAUGAUAUUAAGAAAAACGGCAGCCGAACUGAGCAAAGCGCCAAGGUUUAGUUCAAACGAGGUUAAGAGGCAGUUUAUCCACUACUGUGCAAAUCUAGUCAUGAUAAUUGGAUCAAAUCAAUGUUUCAAAUGGAUUCAAGUCCUCUUCUGGACCUGAUUAGCCUUGGGAUAAGGAAAGAGAACUGGAUGUGCCUGAUAAGUGCUCAGUACAUGCGCAGCCCUUACGACAAGGGGCUACUGCUACUAAAUGUGUUUACUGCAGCAUCCUGUUGGAAGAGAUAUACGAGCAUCUCACUAGCACGUUUGAGCCAGAACAUAGACCGAUCAAAGUCAACAGGGCAAAGGAAAAAAAGGUUUGUUUAUGUUCUGAAACACACAAAAAAUCACCACAAAACUAAAUCCCCCGGUCAUCAUGGCAGACCCCCUCCCCCCCCCCGCCCAAAAAAAAAAACCUAACUCCUCCCUUACUACUUAUAAUCUUCAUCAAUGUGCAUCAGAUCCUUCUACAAAACAGCUCUGUCUGACAUGAAGCUGUAAGAGGACGCAUAUCUGUAAAGACUAACAUGUAUAGACUAAUAUAUUUGGAUCACCUAACGUAUCUACUACAUCACACCUUAGUCACACAAGUCAACACUCUAUUUAUACCACAGUCACAGUUACACAACCAUGUAUUUGUACCACACUGUGUGUGCACAGGGCCUGGCUAAAGUGUCAGGCUUUUUUUGAUUGUAUUUAUACAAAAAAGAAUCCUGUCGGAAGAGAUGUCGAUUUUGAGGAAUUCGAAAAAAAGUUAAAAAAAACACAAAAGAGCAGGGUUGAACAUAAACCGCACAGUGAGAACACUGUUGUCAGAAUUGAACAUCUGAAAUGAGAAGAUGCCAAAAAAUGUAAUACUCUUGGGAAACCCAAGCUGUUACUUUUGUGUUCUGCUACGGUUGUGAAGUUCAACACGGACAUCGAUCUUCGCAGAAGAAAGAAUGAAGUACGCCAUCCAAAUAUUGUAUCUAUAAAAGUGUAAUCAUGCCAUUUGUAGUAUUUUACUGUACUUUAUACUCUAUAAUGAAAUAAAUAGCAACUUUAUACCGA